AAACGACAAAGUAGAGAACCAAAAACGACACUUCCAGUCUGAACUUCACGCAAAGUGCACUUCUCUUCCCAAAUUUUUAAUUUCUCGCCAUCUCUGGAAGAAGAAAACACCCCAAUUCUCUUCCCAAUAAUUCCUUCUUUCCCUUCUCAGAUUCCGUGAAUUUUCCUCCAGAAUCAAGAUCUGAAAGAACGUGAACCAUUGUUUGCGUUUGGGAUUGUUCGCAACAACCUUGAUUUGGGGUUUUAAAAUUGUUUUAAGCAAAUUGGGGUCUCUAAAUUUGAUUAAUUUUAUGUAAUUAAGAUUAGCGUGACUUCAAUUAUUGAGAUUUGAGUAACUGGGUCGAUGGGAGUGGGUGCUAUAGAUAAACAAGUUUUAAUUUUUAGAAUUGGGUUUUGAUUUUGGCUUUGGGAAUUUUGAAAGUUAGGUUUAGUUUGUGAAAGAGUGUUUGUUUUGUUUUGUUUUGGGUAGGAGUCAUGUUCUAUGGUGCGGUUGUAUGGGACCCUUGGCUUAUUGUUGCUCAAAUUGUUUGUCUUCAAUGUUUAUACUAUAUCACACUUGGAUUGCUCUUAACAAUUUUUGUUGGAACUCGAGUUUCGCGGUUGAGCCUUGUGUAUUUCUUUGACUACGUUACCGUUACUACGUCUACCGUUACUGGUUGGUGUGUUGUUGCUUCAUUUCUGCUCAGCUCAGCUGCAGGGGCUGUAUAUAUGUUUUAUUUGAUUGAAAGAUCAAAGAAGUGCUUGGAUUUUGCAGCCACUCUCUAUAUCAUUCAUCUUUUCAUAUGCAUUGUGUACGGGGGUUGGCCCUCGUCUUUAGCCUGGUGGAUUGUGAAUGGUACUGGAAUUGCCGUGAUGGCUUAUCUAAGUGAAUAUCUGUGUAUGAAACGCGAACUCCAGGAAAUACAAAUAAUACCACGAUAUCGUUCAAGAUUUGAAUCUCAAUUUGAUAACCAUUGGUGUAAUCUUGAGAGCUACAUGAUUAUAAGGGUAGUUGAAAGGAAGGCAAUGCUUUGGGUAAUUGUGGGGUGCUAAUGCCACAGGAUGUUUGAUUCCUGGAAAGAAGUAACUUGAGUCUUGUAUUCAAGAAAGGAAUUACACUGCAGGAGGAUAUCAACUUUUGCUUCUAUAUAUUGAAUGAUCUCAAAGAUAAAGCUCGUGUACUGCAUAGUUCUAUUAUGCCAUUCAAAGACCUUCAUUUACUUUCCUAUUCUUUAGUUGCAACAGAGUUAAAAUAUAGAUAACCGGACGGGAUUAGGUACAUAAUUUUCGAUGAAGUUCUGAAAGUGUUAUGUAGGUUAUUAUUCUCAUUCUAUUUCAGUAUUUUUUCUGUCCUUUUAGCUAUGUUUGUUUAGUUGAUUGAGCUUCUAUUCUUUGUACCUUUCUUGUGAGUUAUUGGAUCUAUUUGAAAAUCUUGGAAAUAUAUAUUAGUUCUAUGACAUUACUGAUUUACUGUUAAAGGGUUUGUUGUAUCAGAUUGGAGAAUGAAUCUCUCACUCA